AUGACCCAGCCCUGGAAUCGAACUGUUAUUGAAGAUUUCAGUCUAAACGCCACCUACACUGAUGACAGUAUGCGUACCUACGGCCUAAGAAGCCGGCUCAACACCUCCGAAAAGAGGUACGCUGCAACCAUCACCUCCACACAAUCAUCUGAAGUCCACAUUGAUACCAAAUACGCCAUUGAGACUGGACAAAACUUCCUGACUGCCUUCAACUCAAGCAUCCAAGCAUUCAACAAAUCGGAGCGAUAUGCAGUCAAGACUAAACUAUUCUUCAGUACCACUGAGCGCACCGCUGGUCUUAUCUACAGCCUUGAAGAGACCUCAAGCGAUACCUCGCUGCUCCUGGCAAAGGCAACAAUCCAAACUCCCUACCGCUGGCAGUUGCCCCUGAACUGCUCUCUCUCAUUCGUGUUACCCCUGGCAUUCAAGUACUCACAGAUUGCCGGCAGCUCCGAGCUGUUUCUUUCACCAAAGAAGGUCUUCUUUGACAUAGCCGCGUGGAACCAGACCUUCGCGGCCUUAAAUCAAGGCCGUGGCUUUACCGCAGGACUCCGGUAUGACUUCGAGAAUCUUCGAGUUUUUGAAGCAGAUGGUCAUUUAAAGGUGUACCAGGACCCUACUGCGGAGAUGCCACACAGUCUCAGCUUCACUGCCCGACAACGGAAGGAUGAUGAUUUUCGCCUGUACGUAUUUCGGGCUAGGACAUCUGCGGGCAGUGAGGCCAAUGUACGAGUUCAACAGGAGGAGGACAAGGUUUUCCUCCUGUUUGCAAUGAAACCGGCUGUACAGAUGGAGACAUUUAAGGGGAUUUUCUACAAAUCAACCUCCAGAUACUCGCGAACCAGCAGCGAAUUUAUUCUGACGCAUACUGGCGAAUGGAACGCCAAUCGGGGCUUCGCUCCGGGAAUGCCUUUCCGCUACGGCCUCGAGUAUACUCAUGCGCCAAACUUUACGACAGGUCAGGUCUACGUUUACGCCGAUGACAGUCUUUUGGGCAAAUUGAUCCGCAUAGAGCUGGCUGAACUGAUGUACGAUUAUUCAUGCUAUAGACAGUGGAGUCAGUACCAGUUUAAUAGCGAGGGCAUGCUGAAUUGGAGACGACAUCUGGGGCGUGGUACUGUCGGCAGUCACGUCACACUGAACGGAAACAUCGAUACAGAUUUCCGCGAAGGCAACUUUGAAGUCGUCGUCGAGUUACCAGACCAGAACCAAUCACAUCUACGACUGCUCCUCGACUACGAGAAACGAGAAUCAAGGUUUUCUCUUGCCUUUAACACCUCCCUUGCUGGACGGCUCAUUUAUGCUCUGAAUACGUCCCUUCUCAAAGAUUAUGACAGAACGUUCGACUUUGUAGGACGUUUUUCAACGGUAACACAUUCCGCCCCCAUCAUUGAACUCCAAAUUCUGCGUGUGCCCGUCUGCAGAUAUCGCGACCCCUGGUCCUAUCGAUGUUCAGACCAUGGUAACAAACAGCUGAUAGGCAGUCUGAACUCCUCUCUGGCGCUUCUACCCAGUCUGACAUUGAGGUAUGACAAUACGGGCUCUUGUGGAAAAUUGACCGGGCAUCUCAGCUACCGAAAUAGGACUUAUGUUGAUACAUUUAUCAGGUCUGCAGACGAUCAAAAUAACUUAGAUGCCCACUUUCUGUCCUCUAAUACUAUCAUGCCAAUAAAAGCAAACAUUAAAUCCACCUACUCAUCCUACGAGGCUACGCGACGCCUUGACGGUAAUUUUGAAUUACCUAAGCAGAACAUUACAAUCGCCUUGUCUAAUUGUUCACUACAGAGGAAAUAUGCUCAAACGCGCUUCGGUGGUGAAGUCUUUCUCCAGACGGGAUUUGUAAAUUGGACAAAGGUUUAUUUCACUCAGUACGUCUUAUUUACACGAACAGAAGAGCGAACGGAAACAGGAAGAGAAAAACGAACAGGCGUGAGCGCUACCGCCCUGGGCCUGCGUGAGGGAUCACGUUUCUUUAGCUUGGAGCUUCAUGACACCUCUCUUCCGAACACCAGUCUGGCCGUAUUUACACAACUACCGAAGCACAUUUUCGGUCUCACAACGUCCGAGCUGUUCUUGGAGAAACAGACCAAUGACAAGGCAGCACAAGUCAACAUCUCCGGGCACUUCUAUUCACUACCCGUCUUACUGAAUAGCGAGUUUAAACUCAGUCUGGUGGAUUCUCUCUUUAUUUGGCCGCGUCCGCGCUUGAUGUCGUUAGUUCGACGGCCUCAAAAGCAGCUCUUCGACGCCUUCCUCAGCUGCACUACAUCGGAUGCCAAGAAUCAUACGGCAGACAUCUCUUGGCGCUUUGCUAGGCAUGCUAAACAACCGAACGGCAGUUAUGCCUUCAACACAUCAGCUCUCCUGAAGUCAGACUAUUUGCCACAAAAGGAGAUCACGUUUUCGUUGACUCAGCCCUUCGGCUGGUACCCAUCUCUACGCGGUAGCCUCAGGUCAGGUGUGAUGCACAACUUUACAUACAGUCUCAACUGUUCCUCCUUUUUCCUGCCCCCAGAGUGUUUCCUUCUGGUAGAAAAUCUGAGUCCCAGCCUGCGCAGCUUCGAGAAAGCUGAGCUUACUUUGAAAAGGCCCAAGGCUGACGGACCGAUUCACCUGAGACUCACUGUGGACGAAAAGCACAAGGCCGUUGUGCAGCUACUUUACACUUCCGAACCACAAACAACGACUCUACUGUGCGUGAAUUCUAGUCUCGAGGUUAAUGGUACGCUGGUGUUUGAUACGAGGACAACAUUGAAGCAAUCACACUGUGACAGGAACUAUUAUAUCCUGUUGAAAUCCUCGGAAAAAUGGAGGAGAUCCGCCGGUGAGCCGUCGGAGAUAAGUGUUUGGUUGCGUGUGAAUAAAACCGACAACGGAGCCAAGGCGAGUGCUGGACUCGAUUUGACAACCUCCACCAAUACGUCUGAAGCUAAAACAUUCGGAGGCUAUAUCAGCUGUUCAAAGUGGAGGAACAUAGCGUAUUUGUUGUGGCGCAUCGAUUCGCUGUCUAGUGGAUCUGUCGUGUUCUACCCAAGUUUCUAUAAGUUGGUCGUGGAUUCAAACCUAAACAACACCUUCUUUGGUUUCCCCGUGAACAUCAAAGGCAGCACCAACUUGCUGUACCUGUUGCACGCCAUAGAAACCCUGCAAUACCAGCCACCAGAAGGGGUUUACUUCUUAGAAGCUCAAAACAGCCGCAUAAGUGUGGGUCUGCAAACUGGGCCCACAGUUAACUUCACGCUCUUAUGUCGCCUC